GGACGAGGAGGAGGUAGACAACAAGGACUACGACGUCGAGUACGACCCUACCUUAGCCGCGAGCGUCGGCGCCGGCGACGGGGACAUCGCGUUCGUGUAGAGCAAGAGCUUUGUGUCGACGCAGGGAUGGGACUCGGAGAUGGUGGUUGAUUACAGGAUAAACGAAGACGAGUUUCAUAAGAUCAGCUUGCUCGACUGCGAUUUCUUUAUCAGGAAACCGCCUGAUCCUGAAAACGAGAGAUGUAUGUGACUCCUCCGGAUACGGAUAUUUACUCGAUUCCGAGAGUUCUUGCCCCAAUGCCUCAAAAGAGUAUAUUCGAUGUGCGAUGAGUGACUAUGGAUGUUACAAUGUUACUGAACCGCCUAUUGAUGCUCCUCGAGAUCCUCUGUAUAAAUCUGAGAGGGAUAUAUCCAAGGUUUUCUUGACGAAGCAUUAUCGGAAUAGAAGAUCAAACGACCCUGAGUUUGUGCUAGACCUUGAAGAGAUCUAUGUUAUUGACUCCAAGUCAAAGUCAAUCACCAGAGCCAGAGUUUUGGUGACAGUUCCGGGAGGACGAAAAAGGGAUAGGAAGGAUGACUUGCUCGUGAUACGAGAUAAUGGAACCUCCUUUAAAAUCAUACACGUGGGGGAAAGAGAUGACCCGACAACGGUAAUAGAAAGGGAAGAGUGGACCAAAACACGAGAAGACAUGGAGAAACAUCUCAGAAAGCUUCGAGACUUCAGUGUCUCAAACUGGUUCUAAAAACAAACCCGUGAGAAACCAAACCACAAGUUAGUGGAUUUUCUUCCUUAUCCAUAAAUGAUGUAUACAAGGUUGGAAUACGAGAGCAGAAUCAAUAAUAUGGUGGGUAAGAUUCAAGAUGUGUAGUUCCAUGGUAGACAGGGAUUUUUUGACCUCAGGUAAUUUCACUAACAGCAGAGAUGAAUGUGUUAGUAGAUGAUAUGGGCUCUAGAACAAGUGUGUAGAUGUAACAGUCUUAUGGACAAACAUUCAAUGACUAGAGAAGCUAGUUUAUGCAUAUUGUUACUUCAACAACUA